CCACUCUCGUUCCAUGUUGUUUGUUGUAGUAGGAGUGGAGAGCCGAGAGAUAAUUUUGUUUUCCUCCCUUAUUUUGUGUGAAAUUCGGCCGCGUUGUCCACGAACCCGUCGGCAAAAGCGCACCGGACGAAUUUCGGACGAGAUGGAACGGUGAUUUCGACUUUGGCCUCACGUCCGUCGCGUAGAAUCGCGCUCCCGUGGAGCCGUCGUCUCGCCCGAGCUUGAGAGAGAAGGGAAAGAAAUGGCGCUGCGUUGCCGAUUAGUGCCUCAAAUCUGCCUGCUGCUGGUGCUCGUCAACCGACUGCACGCUGACGAAGGCAUUUUUGUGAAAAAGCCCAAGGACCUGUCUGUUCGCAACGGGGGCAUUGCCACUUUCUACUGUCAAACGCAGCCCAACAUUGAAAUACACUGGCGGAAAAACGGCAAGAAAAUCAACCCAACACAGUCGAGGUACCAAACGUACUCUGAUCUUGCGACUGGCCAUUCGAUUCUCCGAAUUCAGCCAGCAAAACACGCCCGAGACGACGCCAGCUAUGAAUGUGUGGCGGACAACGGUGCAAAGGAGGACGUUGUUGACGCUGUCCUGACUGUUUUUGAUAGCGAUGAGCCGAAAGGAUUUCCUAGGAUUACUCAGGUUUCCUCGGCGUCUAAAGUCGUUGAGCUUGGGCAAAAUACGGCUCUGACAUGUGAGGCGACUGGAGACCCUAAGCCUCACAUAGUGUGGCUCAAAAACAUGACUCCGAUCAACUACACGAGCAACGUUUUCAAGACAAAUGAUGGCUCUUUGCAUAUCCUCAAUAGUGAGGAGGACAACCAGGGCAAAUACGAGUGCAUGGCUGAAAACAAUUUGGGCACUGAGCAUUCCACUACAAUCACACUUUAUGUGAAAAUUCGUCGAGUUGCCCCCACAUUUUCUAUUCCACCACCAGCAGUUCAAGAGAUCAUGCUAGGAGCACCUCUCACACUAAACUGUGUGGCUGUUGGUUCACCCAUGCCUAGUGUCAAAUGGAGAAAGGCAGAGUCGAUCGACCUGACCCCGGAGGACAAUAUUCCAAUAGGAAGAAACGUCCUCGAGUUGAAAGAGGUUAAAGAGACUGCCAACUACACUUGCAUUGCUGUCAGCCCAAUAGGAACCAUUGAAGCUCGCACCUUAGUAAAAGUUCAAGCUCUGCCCAGUCCGCCUGUUGACGUAACAAUUUCGGACGUGACUGCCACUUCAGUGCGUCUGUCGUGGUCACACCCUGAGAGGGUCGACAUCCGCUACUACAACAUUGAAUACAGAACGAGAGGUUCCGAGUACGUCUUGGAAACCAUCAACGGAAUCAACACCUUGUACUACACCGUACGUGGCUUGAGUCCGUACACAGAAUAUGAAUUUUUGGUGACUGCCAACAAUGAUGUGGGGCGAGGCCCUCCUUCGUCUCCAGCUAUCAUCACCACUGGAGAAACUGCCGAAACUUCCAUGGGAGGGAAUAAACCUGGCUCUGCUCCAUGGAACAUUUUGCCCAGGCCACUCAGCUCGAGCACCAUGGUCGUCCAGUGGGAUGAGCCUGAAAUGCCAAAUGGCCAAGUUACAGGCUACAAAGUGUAUUACACUUCAAAUCCCAACAUUCCAAUUUCGUCGUGGGAGUUCCAAAUGGUUGACAACAACAAGCUGACAACCAUCAGUGACCUCAUCCCAUACACAAUUUACACUAUACGAGUGCAGGCGUACACAAGUGUCGGGCCUGGCCCCAUGUCUGCACCAGUGCAAGUUAAAACCCAGCAAGGAGUGCCUGGCCAGCCACAUAACUUGGAAGCCAAAGAGAUUGACGAGACUUCUGUUCUGUUGACCUGGAGCCGUCCAUUGGCCUCAGGGGAAAAUAUAGUGAGCUACGAACUCUACUGGAAUGAUACCUAUGACAAGGAACGACACCACCGGCACAUUCCAGUUGCUCAACACUACAAAUUGACAAACCUGUUCCCGAACACACUUUACUUUAUUUGGAUGGCUGCAAAGAGUCAGAGGGGCGAGGGUGCCACAACCAUCCCCAUCGCUGUGAGAACAAAGCAGUCUGCACCUGGAGCACCACCUCAGGAUGUAAAGGCAGCUGCCGAGGGAUCCAGGGCCAUUAGGGUCAGUUGGAAGCCCCCUGCGGAGAAGCAGCAGAAUGGCGACAUCCAACUCUACAAAGUGCAUCUUGUGCGGAGCUCGCAGUCCGACUCGGAGGCUAAUGUCAUUAGUGUGAAUGGCUCCUUACAUAGCGUGUUCCUAGAUCAGCUGGCUCAGUACACAGAUUACCGGGUGUGGGUUUUGGCCAGCACAAGUGUAGGAGACGGGCCACCCAGCUACCCGCAGACUGUCAAAACCGACGAAGAUGUGCCUGGUGAUCCGCAAGGGGUAACAGCCUCUGUGAUUAACUCUACGACAAUCAAGGUGCAGUGGCAGCCUCCCUUGGAAAAGGACCGGCAUGGCGUAAUUAGAGGCUAUCACAUUCAUGUACAAGAAUCGAAAGAAGAGGGAAAAUCCAUCAUGACCACUCCAAUUCGAUUCGACAUUUUGGAAAACUCAACGAGAGAACACGUUGUAUCAGGCUUACAGCCUGACACAAAAUACGCAGUCCAGGUUGCGGCCCUUACAAGGAAGGGUGACGGAGACCGAAGUGAGCCAAAGAUUGUGAAAACACCUGGUGGAGUCCCCAACAGACCAGCUAUAAAUUUAACCGUUUUCGAUGAAGAGCCUGGUCUUGCAGUUCAAUUGCACUGGAGCAAUCCAUCACAAACUUAUGGAGAGUUGAUUGGCUUUAAAAUCACAUACGGUGCAAAGGAGCUGAACACGAGCAACGAAAUAUUUAAAUCCGCCACCGAUCAUUUACACAAGUUCCAAGAUCUUGAACGUGGAGUCGAGUAUGAAUUUAAACUUGCUGGGCAAAAUCAAGUUGGAUUUGGACAGGAGAGUGUCAGACACUUCCUCACACCAGAGGGAGUGCCAACUGGAGCUCCUUUUAACUUGACCUACCGAUUUUUGACACCAGACAUUGUCUCCCUUUCCUGGGAACCUCCUAUUAGAAGUCAAAGGAAUGGAAAAAUCAGCAAAUAUGAUGUGAAGUUCCAUAAGGUCAGCUCAACGCCUUCCGAACCUAUCAGCCAGAGAAAUGUUUCAACAAAUAAGGCCGUUUUUGGAGAACUCGAGGAAGGAGCAGUUUAUUUGUUCAGAGUUCGGGCUCACACUUCCAAGGGUUCUGGACCUUGGAGUGACGUUUCCAGCUUCACUGUUGACAAGGAAGGUGUGAGACCUCCACUUGCAGUUAUGGCUGUGGCCACCUCAGAUUCAAGUAUUGAGGUUUGGUGGGAGAGUGUUCCAAGCAGAGGAAAAGUCAUCGGCUACCAGAUUUUCUACACAAUGACUGCUGUGGAAGACCUUGAAUCGUGGUCACAAAAGACUGUCGGCUUGACAGAAUCUGUGGAGUUGGUCAAUUUGGAAAAAUAUGCUCAGUAUGCCAUUGCCAUUGCAGCGAGGACAAAAUCUGGUUUGGGCCGUCUCUCUGAAAAGAUCACUGUUAAAGUAAAACCAGAAGAUGUUCCUCUCAAUCUUCGUGCGUCUGAUGUUAGUACACAUUCUAUGAUCCUCUCGUGGUCUCCCCCAAUUCGGAUUAAUCCCAUUAACUACAAGAUUACUUUGGAGGCAACAAAGCAGUUUGUUGAUGCUCAGGGAAUCACCCAGACAGCACGCAUUAUGCCAAGGACUAUCAUAUUAGAAAACAUCGUAAAUAGCCAAUUAGUGAACGACUUGUCUCCGUUCACCACCUACAACGUAAAUGUCAGUGCAAUUCCCUCAGACCAGCAGUACAAGCCGCCGGCUAAAAUCACAGUCACAACUCAGAUGGCUGCUCCGCAACCAAUGGUCAAACCUGACUUGUAUGGAGUUGAAAACGAAGAGCUCAUUCUGGUCAUCUUGCCACAAGCUUCCGAGGAAUAUGGACCAAUCAGUCAUUAUUAUUUGAUUGUGGUUCCUGAAGACAAAUCGAAUGCCAACAAAUACCCAGAUGCCUUCUUGACAAAUGAGAUGCUUGCAAGCAAAGGGAAAAAACAGGAACGUGAGAAUGCACCAUACAUCGCUGCUCGCUUUCCUCAAAGAAACAUUCCCUAUACCUAUGCACUGGGCACUGGAGAGACGCACGAAGGCUUUACCAAUCGUAAAUUGGUCUUGGGUACCCGAUACAAGAUGUUUGUCCGCGCUGUAGUGGACACUCCAGAAAAGCACCUUUACACAUCAAGUCCAUUUUCUGAGCCUCUUAGUUUGGAUAUGAGACAAGUUCCUCCUGGUGAGCCACCUCGCAGACCAAGUCCUGACAUACCUGUUGAGCACUCAAGUGAUGUUGGUGUGACACCGAAACAGGCAGAAAUGUGCAUCCUUUGCAUUCUUGGGCCAGUUGCUGCCGGUCUGUUUUUGGCAAUCCUUGUUGUUUUGAUUAUGAUCAGGAGUCGUAGACGCCGCCCUUGCAAGUCACCUGAGCAGGCAGCGGUUUUAGCUCCUCUGAUGUCAAGUCCGGAAGCAUUGAGUUCUCUACCCGUCGCCCCAUCUGAUCCAGUAGAAAUGAGAAGAUUGAAAUUCCAGACGCCAGCUAUGAUGUCACAUCCUCCAAUUCAUAUCGCAGACCUGGCAGAUCACAUUGACAACCUCAAAGCGAAUGAUAAUCUCAAGUUCUCUCAGGAAUAUGAGUCCAUUGAACCAGGGCAGCAAUUCACUUGGGACAAUUCAAACCUAGAAGUGAAUCGAAGCAAAAAUCGGUACGCAAACGUGAUUGCCUACGACCACAGCAGGGUCAUCUUGAACAAUAUUGACGGACUCACUGGCUCUGACUACAUCAACGCCAAUUAUUGCGAUGGGUUCCGAAAACAGAACGCUUACAUAGCCACUCAAGGACCACUCCAGGAAACAUUUGCCGACUUUUGGCGCAUGUGCUGGGAGGCUCGAUCAGCUUCCAUUGUCAUGAUGACGAGACUUGAAGAGAGAGCGCGGAUAAAGUGUGACCAGUACUGGCCUUCAAGAGGGUCUGAGACUUACGGCAACAUCACAGUCACCAUCAAUGACGUCCAGGAACUGGCAACCUACAGCAUUCGCACCUUCCAAGUAGCCAAGGCUGGAGUUCCGGAAAGAAGGGAAAUUCGUCAGUUCCAAUUCACUGCUUGGCCUGAUCACGGCGUCCCUGACCACUCGGCUCCAUUCUUGCUUUUCCUCAGAAGAGUUCGUAAUCUUACGCCUACUGAGUGUGGACCUAUGGUUGUUCACUGCAGCGCUGGUGUUGGUCGCACUGGAUGUUUCAUCGUCAUUGACUCAAUGAUUGAACGGCUCAAAAACGACAAGUUAAUCGAUAUCUACGGGCAUGUCACCUGUCUAAGAGCUCAGAGAAAUUACAUGGUUCAGACUGAAGACCAGUACAUUUUCAUCCACGAUGCUCUACUCGAAGCUGCCAUGUGUGGCAUCACAGAAGUGCCUGCCCGAAGCCUCCAUCAGCAUUUAGAAGCUCUCUUGCAGACUGAUGUUGGCGAGAGCACAACAGGAAUGGAAGCAGAAUUUAAAAAAUUAUCCACAAUUCGAGUGGAUGCAACACGGUUUGUCAGUGCCUCGCUGGCAUGCAACAAGGCUAAGAACAGGCUGGUCCACAUCUUGCCAUUUGAGUCUUCACGGGUCGGUUUGCAGCCUAUCAGAGGAGUCGAAGGCUCCGACUUCAUUAACGCCAGCUUUGUUGAUGGCUACAAGUACAGAGGAGCUUACAUUGCCACCCAAGGGCCACUGCCAGAGACUGUCGAGGACAUGUGGCGCAUGCUCUGGGAGCACAACUCAACAAUCAUCGUCAUGCUCACUAAGUUGAAGGAAAUGGGACGAGACAAAUGUCAGCAGUACUGGCCGAGUGACAGAUCAGUUCGGUACAGCUACUUUGUAGUUGAUCCCAUUGCAGAAUACAAUAUGCCUCAAUACGUACUCAGAGAAUUCAAGGUCACAGAUGCAAGAGAUGGCCAGUCGAGAACUAUUAGACAAUUCCAGUUUGUGGACUGGCCAGAACAGGGUGUCCCCAAGUCUGGGGAAGGUUUCAUAGACUUCAUAGGGCAGGUGCACAAGACCAAGGAGCAGUUUGGACAAGAAGGGCCCAUCACUGUCCACUGCAGUGCCGGAGUCGGUAGGACGGGCGUUUUCAUUGCUCUGAGCAUUGUGCUGGAACGCAUGCAGUACGAGGGCAUUGUAGACGUUUUCCAGACUGUGCGAAUUCUUCGCACGCAGAGGCCAGCAAUGGUACAAACAGAGGAGCAGUACCAGUUUUGUUACAGGGCAGCUCUCGAGUACCUUGGUUCGUUCGACCACUACGCUGCCUAAAUCAAAGACUUGAAGCAUUUAUUAUGGUUUAAUUGUUGAAAAGGCUGCUAUUCGAUUAAUUUUGGGUGUCUACAAAUGCAUUAUGAGCUAUUUAACAAAUUAUACAUCACAUAUUAUAGAUAGGCUAAUUAGAGAGUGGUGUAGAGUACUUCAGAAAGAAUCUCAAUCCUGGCAAUUAUUGUUUUCGUCCUUUCUUUUAAAAGUGAAAUCUUUAUUUAACAGAUAAGUUUUUUUUCUACUUGGUGCCAUCUUUUAUAUUAUUGUAUUUUAACCGAGCUGUAUUUUUCCCUUUUUUGUGGGGGCAAGGCCAAGACGAAGUCAUGCCAGCCUCUCUUUUUUAAAAAUUUUGUGAUUGUCCUUUUGGCGUUGAAUUAAUUUUGUGCAGCUCAAAGACUUAAAAUAAAACUCUGUAACAAUGGCACGAUCAAGGCACAAAAGUGAUAUCUUGUCUUGCAUGAAUUGUACUCAACUGUGUAUUAUUAUUAUUCCAUUCAGCGCCCGUAACUGUAAAAGUACAUAGAUAACAUGUAUGGUGGUCUUCCUCGUUGUGAACCGGUGCAACAUUAUUUGUUUUUUCCCUUAACACAAAAUAGUGGUAUGAUGUUGGUGUUUGUGAAGCAUAAAGAAUAAUCCACUGCAGCGUGUUGAAGCAAAUCGCCCCGGUAGCUAUUGAUUGUGUACAUAAUCGAGCAAGGUUGAUAAUAUACGAAUAUAAGGAAACCUCGGACCUGGACAAAAAAAGUGCUCAUUUGUAGUGCUAUUUCCUAUUCAAAAACAAUUAAUCUGUAGUGCCAUGCAAAUUUUAUGAAAUUUUAUAUUAUUCUUUCUUUUAACCCUGUGCUAUUGUAUUUAUGUUGCAAAAUUUAUAUUCGGUUUGGAAUUAACUCCAUCAGCAAUAAGUCUUAAUGAAAAAUCAAAUUGUUUUAGAAACGUAUGUGCGUAGGGUGUAAAUUUAAACUUAAGCAAGAGAGAGAAUUGAAAUUAUUUAUUCAUUAAAAACGAACCACCGCUUUGUCGAAACCGGCACAUUUCCAUUUCGCUUGUUUGAGUUUGUGACGACACACAAUAUAUGCGCGGAACAAAACGCAAACACUGUAAUACUUCCAUUCCACAAUGCGUAAUGACAAAAAAGAAGAAGCAAACACAUUAUAGUAAAUAUUCAGCUGCAUUUUUAUACACUGUGUUUUCGCAACACAAAACAAUUUAACUAUGUAUUUAUUAUACUCUCUUGUUAUUUUUAUCAUGAUCCUCAGUAAGAUUAUUAAAACUAUGUGAAUAAAGGAGCAAGCAACGUCGCCGUUUAGGAACAAAAAGGAAUAUUGUAAAGCGAGAAAAACGAAAGUGCAGUGAAAAGUUGUGUAUAUGAAUAAAUAUGUUUUACUCUAUGAGAUAAAAAUAAGUCCCUUCGCAAUUAAAGGGAGCGGUUGAAAAUCACUGUCGAAUCUGAAAAACUGCGGCAGGUAAAUAAAGAAAUACAUAAUCAAAGAAAAGA